ACAUUUGACCACAUUGAAAGUAAUAUGGUAAAGUGUUUGCUAUGAUAGUAAAUUCAAUUAAUAUAUUGGGAUGUAGUCUAAAGUUUCACUCUCGAACAUUUCCAAUCAAAGUUUGAACACGGUGAUGCAAUUAGAAUAAACGAGGACCUCAUAUGCACUGGAUAUUUGAGCAGUAGACAUGGGGUUAUUCAAACAAGCGAUUUUUGGAAUAUUUUCUGUAUUAACAUAUACAUAUAUUAGAAAAUGUACAACGAGUGAUUUACCGGUGAAUUUUGGAGGGAGUUGGGAGCCAGAAUUUCAAGACGUGGCUGACGUUUUCAGGAAAAAUGUCGAAAGCGGGAAGGAAAAGGGAGGAGCGUUUGCUGUUAAUUACAAGGGCAGGCCUGUGAUUGACGUGUGGGGUGGGUACGCAGAUGCAGAGAGUUAUCGCCCUUGGACAGAGAAUACUACCACGGUGGCCUUUUCCUGUACGAAGGGAGUCGCCGCUAUCUUAAUUGUGAAAAUGAUGGAGCUAGGGAUCAUCAGCCCCAAAUCGGUUGUGAAGGACUACUGGCCCGAGUUUGCUGUCAACGGGAAGGACAACAUCACCGUAGAGAUGCUGAUGAGUCAUCAGGCCGGACUUGUAUACUUGGAUACGCCGCUGUCUCUUCGAGAGUAUAUCGAUGACAGGGCAAAAUGGUUGAGGACUCUUGCAGACCAAUCGCCCGCCUGGCCGCCUGGUUCGCAGUUUGGUUACCAUUCGUUGACCUUUGGUAUGUACGUGGACGAGUUGAUACAGAGGGCAGAUCCACGGCAUAGAGACACGGCAACCAUCUUUCAAGAUCUGAUCGGAAGACCCUUCGGUAUAGAUUUCGGUAUGAACACUCCCCAGUGCGAGUUUGGACGCUCGGCAAGACUGGUCACCAAAUCGAAGCUGCAACUGCUUAUUGACUCUCUCAGUUUUCCACGAUACCUCGUUCCCAUGUUCCAGAUUAUAACCCAGCCUAACACGCUCAUGGCGAAGUCUAUAGUGCCUAUUAUAGAAUACGCCCAGGAUACAAAAACGUUAAACAAUCCUACAGUCCGCGAGGUAACAAUAUCGUCUGCAUCCGGAACAGGAACGGCUCGUGGAUUGGCCAGACUUUACGGAAUAAUUGCCAAUGGGGGGUCAGUUGGCGGAGAUUCGUUGCUGUCACGUGACAGUAUCAAAAACCUGUCCACGCCUAUUAUCUUUGGCAAAGACACCGUGUUUAUCACUGGAGAGGAAACGAGCUUUGGACCUGGAACAUUUUAUAGAAAGAACCCAAAAGGCCAAGACGCCGUGGGUCACACCGGGCAUGGGGGUCAGGUUGCCAUAGGUGACGAGGCGAACGCCCUGGGUAUCGCCUACCUGACCAAUCACUUGUCAAUCAACGGCAUUGGGGAUGACCCGAGAUACGUUGAUCUCGAGAAAGCCCUCUAUCGGGUGAUUGACAGAUUGCAGACGAGGACUUAAAGAUAAUUAAUCAUAGUCCAAUUAUAGGAAAAAAAAUUACCAUUAUUAUUUUUAAAUUUCAAGUGUAUGCAGGAUAGAAAUAUUUAGACAAACUGAACGAUUCCUGCAGACCGGAACAAAACUGUAGAAGUAGAAUGCUAGGCAUCAGUACGGAGUUUUUCACAUUGUGUACACAAUCCUUCAUGUAAAAAAUUCAGUUACUUUUAGGAGGUUUGCGCAUAUCGUUUUUCAAAACCGUAUAACAUAUAACAGUGCUCGUAUCAGCGGAUCUAUACAUAAAUAAUUGAACCGGAUGGCGAUUUUUCUUCCAAAGUUAGUUAUUCAUUGUGACGGAUACGCUUUAGCACGGCACCCUUAACCCAAGACUGACCUAUAUAUAUGAAAAUGAGUCGCGAUUUUGAAAAGGCAAGCUUAAUGCAUGUGCUCAAAUUAUCGCCCCGGAUUAGCCUAUUGCGCAGGUUAAUCAGUGACGACACUUUCCGCGAUUAUUUAUUCGUUCGUAAAAAGUAAGUCUAUUCUAAACGACAAUCUAGUCUUGUCUCGUCCCUGAUUAGCCUGUACGGAUCUGCGACGAUACUUGACGCACGUGUAUUUAAGCCCGAUUUCCCCAGUGCAAGGCUCAAAUAUGAAAAUGCUGUAACGAUGAAAAUAUCUUCAAUCACGCUGAGGCAGUUGCCUCGCCUACAUUUGAUGACCAAAAAUAUAUAUCUCGGAGAAUCAUAUGUCAAAAUAAUGAAUGUUACUGAAAAUGGAAAUGACGAAAAUUGAAAAACAAGUUUAAACUUCGUCUCUCUA